AUUUAGAGUUGAAGAGAAAGCUUUGAAGGUACUAAGUAUGAUAAAGUUUUCUCUUGAACCUUAUCUCUUACUCUGCAUUUGAAAGGUCAUACACAGAGAAGCCCUACAAAUGUAAGAAAUGUGGAAAUGCCUUCAGCUAAAAGUAAAUUCUCAUUCAUCAAAAAAUUCAUACUGGAGAGAAAUCUUGUGAAUGUGGGAAAGCUUCCAUUCAGAUGUCACACCUCAGUCAGCAGAGAAUUUGUAGUGGGGAAAACCCCUUUGCCUGUAAGGUAUGUGGGAAAGUGUUCAGCCACAAAUCAACUCUCACUGAGCAUAAGCAUUUUCAUAAUAGAGAGAAACCUUUUGAAUGUAAUGAAUGUGGAAAAGCAUUCAGCCAAAAGCAGUAUGUUAUUAAACAUCAAAAUACCCAUACUGGAGAGAAGCUUUUUGAAUGUAAUGAAUGUGGAAAAUCCUUCAGCCAGAAGGAAAACCUUCUUACCCAUCAGAAAAUUCACACUGGAGAGAAACCUUUUGAGUGUAAGGAUUGUGGGAAAACUUUCAUUCAGAAGUCGAACCUCAUCAGACACCAGAGAACUCACACCGGAGAAAAGCCCUUUGUAUGUAAGGAGUGUGGGAAAACCUUCAGUGGCAAGUCAAACCUUACUGAGCAUGAAAAAAUUCAUAUUGGAGAGAAACCCUUUAAGUGUAGUGAAUGUGGAACAGCUUUUGGUCAGAAGAAGUACCUCAUAAAACAUCAAAAUAUUCACACUGGAGAGAAACCCUAUGAACGUAAUGAAUGUGGAAAAGCCUUCUCUCAGCAAACGUCACUGUGAGAAUUCAUUCAGGAGAUAAGCCUUAUGAAUGCAAUGUAUGUGGAAAAGGCUUCUCUCAAAGUUCAUCUCUUAU